GCAUGAACUCGCCCUGAGCUCAAUCUUCGAAGCUGAAAGUCAGCUGGAGCAGGACUGCGCUGCUACAAUCAUGUGCAGUGGGAGGUUUGAGCGGAUCCGAGUUUCUGCCGAGGAAACCCUCAUCUGGAGGUGAGCCGGACUGCAGUCCCUCCACCGGUCUCACUAGGAUUGGACCCGGAUCAGCAUGCGCUGAUACUCUCCUCCUGGCGGUCCUCCAUGCUGCAGCACCGGGGAUGGAUCCAGAUACCGGCGUGGCGUCUGCGGCGAGUUUCAUCUCCCUCAACGAGCACGAGCAGAGGUUCUACUCAGGUCUCCACGGUCUGUGCCAAAGUGACAGCAGCGCAGGGAAGCUGUCGUCCAGUAAAGUGGCCGAGCUCCUGAAGGCGUCUCAGCUGCCCCCUGAAGCGCUGCAUAAGGUGACAGAGGUAUGUGGGGCCAAGCGUCUGGGUUACUUUGGUACUCCUCAGUUCUACCUGGCCCUGAAGCUACUUGCUGCCUCCCAGUCUGGUCUUCCAAUCCGCCUGGAGAGUGUGUCAACAAAUCUACCUCUUCCAAGAUUUGUGGGGCUGAAGAGUGAAAUAGAGAUGAGGUACACAACAGUCCAACCCAGCAGUGAUGCUCAGGGUCCAACCUCCUGGGCCGACAGGACCACCUUCAGACCACUGGAGGCCAACGUGGAGAAGAAGGAAUCUUGGUCCCCACGUCACUCUCCGAGUAGCUCGCCACCGCAGUCCCCUCUGGCCUAUCAUACAUACCAGUACACAAAACACCGAAAUGAAGCAGAUCCAAUAACAGUUUAUGAGAGCAAACCUUCCUCCAGGCCGGUGGUUUCGAUGGAGCAGCACUCCUCUCCCAGCAGAUUCAGAUCCCAACACACAGUGGAGCCCCCUCUCGCUGCUCGGGCUUCCUCAGUUGAGAGACUGGACCAGCAGGGUGUGGCUGAUUAUGAGGACGACGACCCCUGGAGGAUUACGGAAGAACAGCAGGAGUAUUACACUCUUCAGUUUAAAAGCCUGCAGCCAGAUCUGGACGCUCUCAUCCUCGGAACUGUUGCAAAAAACUUCUUUACAAAAUCCAAGCUUCCCAUACCGGAGCUGUCCCAUAUUUGGGAGCUGAGUGAUGUGGAUCGAGACGGCGCUCUGACUUUCUCUGAGUUCUGCACUGCCUUCCAUCUGAUAGUGGCACGGAAGAAUGGCUAUCCCCUCCCCGAGAGCCUUCCUCUCACGCUGCAGCCGGGAUACCAAGAUGAUGGAAUACUAGACACUCCAGGAAGCAUCGAGCCUCUAAUUCUGUUUGACGAUGCGGAAACCAAACCAAAACGGAAGACUGUUUUUGAACGACUUCAGCCAAACAUGCUUCACACAGAGGACCAGGAAUCGAGUCAUCAAGCAUCUGAGGUGACAUCGAGUCAGGAGAAACAAAUGUUACAACCACCUUUUCCCGAGAGGCCUGACCCUCCUCAAUUCUUUGACCCUCAGUUGAAGGUCAGAACACGUCCAAGGUCAUACUCCAGCACGUCCAUUGAGGAUGCCAUGAAGAAGGCGGAGGAGCCUCCCACUCCUCCACCUCGACCCCAAAAGACCCACUCAAGAGCAUCCUCGCUGGAUCUCAACAAGCUCUUUCAGCAGGGAGCUCCAGGCAUAAAAACAGGGUGGAUGCCCCCUCCCCCUGCUCUACCACCAAGACCGCCCACCUCGCAGGUUCCUCAUUUUGUCAGUGUGUCCAACAAAGCGCCACAAAACAAAGUGAAGCAGCCAAACUUCGCAGACUUCAGUCGCUUUAGAGAAGAGUGUUUCGUGGACAACAGGCCCACAGGCUGUAAAGGGGUGUGUCACCUCACCAUGACAUGAUUGUAUGUUCAUUCACUCACUUAGAAUGUGAAGUCUUCAUUUUAACAGCUCCAGUAAUGUGGUAAGUUUGGAAGAAGAGAAAAUGGAAAGAGUCGAUGGUGAAUAAAUUAGCUCAGAAAGGGUUUGAAGAAGUCACAGAUCCUGACAUAAUCCCAUCGCUGAUGCAACUUAAAAAUACACUAGACUGUUGGGAUCGGCCAACACGCUUGGUCUGGUUUGAGUUUUUCCUUGGGGAAAAGAUGGAAAUAGUGCACAGGCCAAUGGGAAUGAAGAGUCUGAGGAACACAUGUGGUGAAAGGGCAUGUCAGACUGGAACUAACAAGUGUCCUUUGACUUGUGUACCGAUUUGUGCUCUCGAUUUCUCCCUAAGGGAAUGGGAUGGAUGCCAAACAUGCGGAAAAAGACCACACCCUCCGAGGAUGGGCUGUUGAGAAAUAGUGAGGUUAUAGCUGAGACGACUGAAGAAAGGGCAUCUAGUUCAUCCCAGCACAUGCUGGCAAACAGGAAGUGGAGAGAGGGUGGUUUUACUUAAGAGAUUUGGUUGUAGAAAUGCUUGACUGAAACAAGGUGCAGGAGUCGCUGACAAUCAGCACUGCGUAUCUGAGAAGGGACCGUGAGGUAAUAGAGAGACUCGCAGUGAAGGGCCCUGGAGGUUUGCGAGAAGCAGGCCUGGGGUAUAUGCAGGGUUCAAGUGGAAGACAGCUCUAAUUAUGACACCUUGUCAUGCCACUUGAAUGAUAAGCCGUUCUUUCAAACAGAAGGUUGUUUGUGCCGACCAUAAUGGCGUUCCACUUUCCAACUUUAAACUGACUGACCGCUGUGUAACACUGCACUCAUGCCACUCAGUUUGGUGGUGCAACAUAGCCAGUAGUGGCCAGCCGGUCUGUAAUAUUGUUCACCUAAUAGUCCAGGACACGCAACACGUGCAAUGUGCAAUGUUUCUUUUGUUUUUUUUGAUACUCUGUGAGUCUUUCUCUCAUGUAGAGCUUGUCUCCAUUAAUUUUCUGUAUGCAUUGUCUUUUUAUUUUCUUUUGUGCAUGCUUGUAUUCACACUUUCAUUUUCAGCCAAAAUGUUGAGUUUUGCUUUGCUUUGCUUUGUUUUCCAACUAAAAGGUCUUUAAAUGUUUCCAUGCUGGUCUUGAGUUUCAUGUCCAGUGCUGCAUUGACUCAUUGACUUUUGUUUAUGUCUGCCUCAACUGGACUGUGUUGCUGCUUUUAAAAAGCCAUUUUACUCUUCCUGAGUUAAAUUUAUUGUAGCCACAUUAGUCUGUUAUAGAAAUCAGGAAGGCAUAGACACUUUAACCACAAUGGAGCCAGUCAGUCCUCAGUGGAUCAGAUUCUCGUCAUUGCAACAUUUGCAGAUGGUACCGGCAACUUAUCAUGUGCCUGCUGGAGCGUUGGACUUGAACAUGGAGCUGCAGCACAAAAGUCUUCAUACAUUGUUGCACUGUUAACCUCUGUGCUGACUGAAAGCAGGUGCUGAUACGCUAUACGUGUGUUAUGUUGAGAAGAGAAUUAUGGCUGAAUAGCAGCAAGGCGAAGCUAUAAAAGCAGGUCGAUCCAUCAUUGCUGCCCUGGGCUGUGGCUGGGACCGUCAGGUUCCCAGUUGGGAAAGAGCUGAUUUAUACCCAGACCAAGGUCAUCCUGUCCCUUCAGAACUUCCUUAAAUCAUUUCACCUUAGUGACACCGAGGGAUUUUCAUUGGCAAUGCAGACAUCAUACCUGUAAUCCC